UUUGGGGAACUCUGUAAAGGACAGCCUGGGUUGCUGUUGGGGCCUUUCCAUGGUGUCACCUCCUAAUAAAACUUUCUUUUUCUGGGGAGUACGUUUCAUUAGCUCCGCUGCUCCGGGGCACUGACCCCAAUCCGUUAACAGUGUUUUUGUUUUUUAGACUUUCUAAGCACUGGCACCGAGUCUUUUCUAAGAAGGAGACGACCUGCGGCUUGAGGGGGGCCAGGCAGAGGCGCGGGACCAAGCAGACGCUUCCCGGCUCCCAGCCCCGCUCCGGCCCCUGACUGGGCCGGGCAGCCCCGUGGCGUUUCCGGGAAGGCCAGCAGCUUCAUCAGGCCCCCGGUUUCACUUUUGAACUCGGGCAUUUCCAGUCGUCAGGUCGGCCUCGCUUCGCUCCGUGCUCCCGAACCCCUCGGGCCCCGGGUCCCGGUGAGCCUGCCCCAGACGCGCCCUCGCCCACCCGCUCCCCGCGACGCCCCAGCCGCCGGCGCUCAGUGCUUCCCGCGCGGUUCGCCUCGGGGGGAUGCCGUCGUCCUUCAGCGGUGUGGUCCGCAGCGUGGUCCGGGAGCUGGAUCGCACUGGGGAGCUCAUUCCCGUGGACAGCCUGCGGAGUUCCACCAGCUUCCAGCCCUACUGCCUGGUGAGCAGGAAGCCCUCAACCUCCUGGUUCUGGAGAUCCCGCUACACGUCUGUCAAUCUGUCCAUCCGAGACAUCCUAGAUCCCAAUGCCCCGGAACCAGGUGUGCAGUGCAGAGGCCCCUUCCACUUCCACGACACCAUGGAUGGGCGGGUGCAGGGCAGCGUGGAGCUGGCAGCUCCUGGACAGGGCAGGAUCAAAGGCGGAGCAACUGUGUCUGGCAGCUCCAGCGCCUCGAUGGACGUGUUCACACUGCGCGUGGAUCCCAGCACUUGGGAAACCCUGCACAAGGAAAGACGCCUGCGGCAGCCGGAGCACAAAAUCCUGCAACAGCUGCGGAACCGCGGGGACAAUGUGUAUGUGGUGACGGAGGCGCUGCAGACACAGAAAGAGGUGGAGGUGACGCGCACCCACAAGCAGGAGGGCUCAGGCCAGUUUGCACUGCCAGGAGUCACGUGCCUGCAGGGCGAGGGCCAGGGCCACCUGAGCCGGAAGAAGACGGUCACCAUUCCUUCUGGCAGCAUUCUUGCCUUCCAGGUGGCGAAGCUCGUUAUUGGCCCUGACUGGGACAUCCUCCUCCUUCCGGACAAGAAGCAGAGAACCUUCCAGAAGCCCCCAGCAGCCCACAAGCCCACCAGCCGUAGAGCUGACUGCCUGUGUUCCUUGGGCCUCCCUCUGCUGAUGGAUUCCAUCCAGCAGCCAAUCAGAUUCCUGUCUGACGGGCCAACAGAGGAGCGGGCAGUGGUCACCAAGGACUUUGCGGGCCUGAGGGCAGAGGUGGAGCCCCAGGCACAGGAGCUGGAGAACCUGAGCAAAGAGCUGCGGCAGGAGAUGCUGGGGGCCCUGGGGAGGCUGCUCCUGGACACACCGGCAUUACAGGACCUGGAGGAGGCGCUGGAGCAGGGCCUGUGCUGCGGGCGGGUGGAGCCGCGGGACGGGCCAGUAGGCACUGUCCUUGAAUGCCUGGUGCUGCCCUCCCAAGAACUGGUGAAGGACUUGGCCAUCCCUGUCUUCUACCUGCUGGGAGCUCUGACUGCUCUGAGUGAGACCCAGCACCUGCUGGUGGCCCAGGCGCUGGAGACGAGGGCCCUGCCGAGGCAGCUUGAGCUGGUGGGGAGCGUCUUGAAGCAGAGCUCCCCGUGGCAGGAGCCCAGGGCUGUGUCCCUGCCACCAGGGCUCCUGGGGAGCAGCUGGGGCGAGGAUGCCCCUGCCUGGGUCCUGCUGGAGGAGUGUGGCCUAGAGCUGCAGGUGGGCCCCCCCCAGGCGUGCUGGGAUCCCGAGGCCCAAGGCCACACUUGUGCACUCUACGCCGCCCUGGCGCUGCUGCUACGGCUGGGCCAGGAGCCUUGCUAGCCCAUGAGGACAAUGCUCCAGGCCUGGCCCCCAACCUGGCCAAGCGGAUGAAUGUCUGGUGCACAAAGGAGCGGGCAUCGAGUUAGGUUUUGUUUUUUUCUUUUUAGUUUUUAUUAUGGUGAUCUAUACCUAACAUUUGCCAUUUCAACUAUUUUAACCUGUUUGUAAGUUUUCUCAUCCCCUUUAACAGAAACGCCGUAACUGUCAAGCAGUCACCCCUCCUUUCCCCUGGUAACCACUAAUAAACUUUGGUCUCUGUCCUUUUGCCUAUUCUGAAUGGUUCAUAGAGUGGGGUCACACAGCAUAUGUCCUUCUGUGUCUUGUUUCAGUCGGCGGUGCCGUGGUUAAGCACUCAGCUGCUGACCGAAAGGUUGGUGGUUUGAACCCAACAGUGGCUCCGCAGGAGAAGGACCUGACAAUCCGCUCCCAUAAAGAUUUCAGCCUAGACAGGAGGGGAUAGAAAAGCUGGUGAUAGGGACCGAAGGUGGAGAAGGGAGCGCUGAAUGUUGUGGGUUGGUAACCGAGGUCAUAAGACAAUAUGUGUACUGUUUAAUGAGAAGCCAGAUUGUUUUGUAAACCUUCAUCUAAAAUACAUUAAUAAACAAGAAAAAAAAUUCA